CUGUUUUUCUCAUAGCAUCUAGACUUUGCUAUGAAUUUAGACAAUUAGACGACCGUCUAAUUCGGUGAGCUAGAAUCAGACACAAAGGAUUUUAUUGUGCGACUAAAUUUAUCUGGAAACAAUUUUGAGUGAACGUUUUAUGAUUUGCGCUCUUCUUGCUGAAGAAAUAUGAAAUACGAGCAGCGAUUACGACAUUUUCCUAGACAUCAAAUCAUCCACGAAGAUUUCCGAGCGGAAACGUGUACAGCCAAUCAUCGCUGAGUGGGCGGGGCUUAGUCGGACACCGGCGCUGAGUAGGCGUGCGUCAGCCAGCUGUGCCUCAGACUAGAAUGGCGACCGCUCUGUGCGGUCUGCAGACCAACGGCAACAGUAAACCGGCCAGAGCUCACCGAGAGCAGCGGAGGAAAGUUAAGGACUCCCGUAGGAGGCAGGCGGCCCUGCUGUUUCUCAACAACAUCUCACUCGACGGACGACCGUUGCGUCCGCUCAACGUUGGAAAUGCCGACCAAAAACCAGCCGAGGAGCCCCGAGUCAGGGACCGAGGCGUCUGCGAAGCGCCCGAGCCGCUCAGCGAAGGACCUGCCGGCCAGGUGACAGAUACUCCUGCAGCCGGGGGUGGCUCAUCCUCCAGCGUCCCUGGGGUGUUCGGUCCAGUCCGGCCCUCCGCGGUACCGUCUCCGGGACCGACAGCCACGAGUUCUGUUGGACCCAACGAGGUAUUUUUAGAGAGCGCCAGUGCGGUUGAGUCGCUAACCCCGGACACCCCGCUAUCUCCCGCGCCGGCCGGACACCAGCCCUGCUCGCGAGCCAAGUCGACGCCCGCCGCGCUCAGCCCGGUCCCGGCCGCCAGUUCCCUGGAAUCACGACCAAGGAUGAGAAACAUCUCCGGUUCUCCUGGACCCAAGGUGCCAAAGAAGGUCCACUUCAUUAAGACCAUGAGACAGUAUGAUACCAGAGGAUGCAGGUGAGUGUCCAAACCAACUCAGCAGGACAUGAAUAACAAAUGCUUCAUGCUGGAGUGUAGGCCAUCACCACAUAGUCUCAAACACUCCCGCUGGAGCUGUAAUAAGCUGCUUAGGUCUGGUGCAAAAGCUGCAGAGGAAUAACAGGAAUACACAGCUGCUGUGUGGCGAUUGCUACGGUGAAUUUAAUCACCUUUGGAUGCUUAGCUAAAGCCAAAAGAGGUGCAGCAAGGAAACGUAACACCUUAUUGCACCAGUGGUAAUGUUAUCCCACAGCAAGACCAGGCUUAAAUAUCACAGUGUUGGCGGCUCAUUACGCCUGUCGACCACAAGAGGGAAAAAAAAAAAGAACAUGUGGAGGAUUUCACUGUAGAAAAUACGCUGACUUUACAGUUUAACAGCAGAAUUCUUUUGUUUGAAGAAGAAAAUAUCAUUUCUAUAGCGCCUCUCGAGAUAAAAAUCACGAGGCGCUUCACAAAAACAAAAAAUAUAAAAAAUUGUAAAAAUAUAAAAAAGCACUUAGAAAAUGUUUAAAAAUAUAUUUAAAAUGAGCAAGAAUAAGUGAUUGUGAUUUAAAAGAAAAAAUGUUAAGAAAGAGAGAGUGAAUAGGAAAGAGGGAAAUCAGUGGAUCCUGAGGAAGGUGGAAUAGGUGGGGAGAGCAGAAUAAAGAGAGUGUGGUGAAGACGGUCGUACAAAAGCCAGCUUGAACAAGUGAGUCUUCAGCUGCUUUUAAAGGAGACCACUGAGUCCACUGAUCUCAGGCUCAGGGGGAGAAAGGUCCAGAGUCUGGGGGCCACAGCAGCAAAUGAUCUGUGAUGUUCCAUUUUUCACAUGUCCAACAUCCAAUACAUCCUACUCAUUUUCACACAAACCCAUUCAUGUUUUCCUGCUGGUGUGUGUGGGUCAGUGAUGAAGCAACCCUGAAUCGCCCCACAGGUUUGGCUUUAGUAGCUCCUGAGCAGAAGUCAGCAUGCCUGUGUGUAAGUUACCGUAACACACACUAGCAGUAGUCUGUGUGAUUCCAUAGGCUGGACUUUAAAUCCCUCUGAGUCCUGCAGACCCAGCCUGGGUGUGACCUGCAGCAUGCCUGUGGCAGAGACUGUAGAUGACUGUGUUUAGUGAGGAGCUGAACCGCGGCUGUUUGUUGAGUUGUUGUUGUCGUCGUCGUUGUUGUUAUGUGAGCCGGUUUCUCCACAUUUCUGUCUGUUAGCUCCAGUCGCUGUCUCAGUGUUUUGUUGGUAGUUUGUCCCAAGCUUGAGCUUAUUCAACUCUAGUUUUGUGUUUCUGGUGCAUUACAUCUGAGUCACAGAGUGGUACGUUACUAACAAAAACAUCCCUGCUCUUAUCAUCAUGAUAAUGAUAACAACGAUAAAGCAGGAAGUUAAACACGAUUUGAUUUGUUGACGGCAAAACAAGCUUUUAUUUUAGACUUUUGUACUGUUCGUGAAACAAAAAAGCUGUUUGAAAUGGAAAAAAACAGGUUAUCCGCAGGUCCUUAAAAAGCCUUAAAUUUGCUUUCCAAAUUUAAGGCUUUCCAAAUCCUAAAAAAUGACAAAUAAUCCUUAAAUGCAGUUUUCAAAGGUCUUAAAUUACCAAAGACCCAAUAAACAAGAUUCUUUUAUUUCUGUAAAAUUUUCGUGAAUUUCUAGUUGGUCUUCAGCAUUUUUGUGUACGAUGUUGGCGUAAGCGGAACCGUACACGUUCAGCUGGUUGUGAAAGGGGACUAUUUUUAGAUGAGCACAGUAGCUGGUUAAGCUAGUGGGAGCUUGUGCCAUGGGGACGUGCAGGUUUAAUGGUAACUGGAUGGCUAAUCCCACGUUCGCGACGUGGUUAGCACCGGUUCCAGGCAAUAGCUGGAAAUUAUAGCUUAUAUUUAAUUUUAAAAUGGCUUAAAUUUGGUCAAAGUGGCCUUAAAAAGUCUUAAAAAGUCUUAAAAUUGGCUCCCGUAAACCUGCAGAUACCCUGAAAAAGGAAGAAAUACCAACAUUUCUGUUAUUCCAAUUAAAAGAAAUUGGUUGCAGAAGGAAAUAAUAAAGCAGCAGUUAUUGUGUGUGCAGUCAAGGUUUAUAUUAGAGUAGAACAAUUAUCUUUAAAGCACAGGACGAUCUUUUAAAACUUGGGUAUAUCAGUGACCCUGGUAUGUUUGUUGAAUUCACUUCCUGUUUGAUUUGCUCGUCUUACUUGAUAGUAAAGGACACAUUCUGGAUCAUUCCUUCUAUCUCAGUUUUUAAACUAAAAUGUUCAAUUUUAUUUCCAGGAUGCUGAAGAUUAGGCUUUUGAGAUAAUGGAAUGAAACAAACUUUUGAGUGCGUUUGCAGGAGCAUUGAAGAGCAGAAGGUUUUAUUCUUUUACAAAAUCCAGUGGAUCAUGAUGUUCUUAGCGUUAAGACUGGGUCGCAUCAGAUCAGAAUCUCCACGAUGUGUUAAUGUCAUUUAUAAAAAGGUGUCAUUUAAAACAAACAACACGUUUACACUCGAUUUGUCUUCCUCUUUUUUUUUAACGGCUCAUAGUACAGACCGCAUGAUCAGGGUAGUCGGUGCUGUAGGUUGUGGCAGAAUCCAGCGUCCUUUAUUUGAAACGUUGGCACGAGGCGUCAAAAAUAUGCAAAAUACAGCAGAAAUAAACCGAAGACGCACCGACUCUGGUUCUGAAGGCCAGUUUGUAUUUCUGAUUCUUGUACAUCUUUGAACCGAUACCAAUUUAUUUAAUGGCCUUUAUUUGAAUUGAUGUAACACCUUCUAGAGUCUUGGAACCCCCCAAGGCACUUUACAACACAAGCAGUCAGUCACACCCUGAUGGGGAUGAGCUACGAUGUAGCCACAGCUGCCCUGGGGCGCACUGACAGAGGCGAGGCUGCCGUCCACAGGCGCCACCGGCCACCUCCAGCAGGCAAGGUGGGUUAAGUGUCUUGCCCAAGGACACGGCGACAGACUGAGCGGGGCUCAAACCUGCAACCUUCCUGUUAGGGUUCCGAUUAGGGGAGAGCACUUAACUCCCGUGCCACCGUUGCCCCUUAAUAUAACAGUUUAAUCAGAAAGAUACGGAACAGUUCUGAUAAGGUAGAAAAUAAAAGAUCGGACAGAAAACCGUUCCUCUGGAGGAUCUGUGUUUGCUAGCGUGUUAGCCGAUUACAGAUUAAUCAGGUCGGUAUGGCCCGAUUCUGACCACCAGAUGUUUUUGCUGCAUGUUUACCGUAAUUUCCGGACUAUAGAGCGCACCUCAAUAUAAGCCACACCAACAAAAAAAGGUUUUCUACACACACACACACACACACACGCCGCACUCGAAUACAAGCCGCGGCGCAGCAGCCACAUGCGGGUCUCCGGCGCACAGCGCAUGUACGGCCAUAACAUAAGAUAAUUAGACAGGAAGAUGCUACACGGAGGUUUUUCGUUGUUGUUUUAAUUCAACAAAACGAAUUUUAAACACGGGUGAACGUGCCUGCAAGUUUAGAAAAGAAAACAGCGCUGAUAGCAUUCAUAUUUCUGGAUGGUUAUAAAAUACAAACAACACUGACACGUUAU